GAUUGUACUAUUAUUGUAUUAUCAAGUGCUUUAUUGUAGGACUACAUUGAUUGAAAAUAUAUUAAAAAUGGCUUGGCAUUUACUGGAAAAAUUGAUUGAACAAGUUGCUCAACAUUCGACUCUUAUUGGAAAAUUCUGGACUACGUUUUUCUUCAUCCUACGCCUUCUUAUUGUUAUCUCCAUCGCAGAUCAAGUCUGGGAAGAGGAUCAGGAUCACUUUGUCUGUAAUACGUUAAGUCCUGGUUGUGAAAAUGUAUGUUACAAUCAGUUCAAUCCUGUGUCUUUGCUGACUUUGUGGGCCAUACAGAUUUUGGCGGUCGGGUUGUCAAGUGUUAUGUUCAUCGUGUAUACGGCACAUACAAUGGCAAGAAUUGAACAAGCGAAGGAAAUCAAAAAGAUACAAGAACAACAGAAAGUUACGCACGGAGUUGGAGAUCAAGAACCGCCCGAAUACAGAUUGGUACCCAGUGAAAGUGGGAAUGUUAUGAGUAUUGAUCGAAACGAUACGGAAAUAAAUGGGAAAAAUGACGCGGAAAGUAAAAAUAAAGAGGAGACCAAAAAAGAUGGAGUAGAAAUCGUGGCUGCAAAAUUGGGAAACGAUAAUCCUCCGACCUUAUUUCUUGCUUAUGUUGCUCAGGUCGUCAUGCGUCUGAUUACCGAAAUAAUCUUCAUUGUGAUCCAGUUGAAAAUUUACGUUUUUCAAUUUUACGUCCCAGAGUUAUUUCGAUGUGGCAGAUGGCCUUGUCCAGGUGUUGUUGAUUGUUUCAUUUCAAGACCGAAGGAGAAGACCUUUAUGCUCUGGAUAAUGUUUGCAUCAACAUCUAUCAUGAUCGUGUUGAAUGUGAUCGAGCUUUAUCAUUUGGGUUUGCGGAAAAUCUACACUGCGUGGACGACCAGAAGCAAUGAUAUAACAAAACAAUAUAGAAGUUUGAAGAGUGAUAGUCCGAAUUUCAAUCCAAAGGUACAUCACGGGAAAUAUGUCGGGGGAUAUCCGCAAGCAGUUGGUAUUAGAGUCGAUUACGCAAGAAGCAGCAUAUCUGGUGAAAGCGAUGAUGGCUUCCAUUGCGACCAGUUCAUCUGAUAACAAAUAUUGACACAAAAAAAUAGUAUAUACAUGAAGUUUAUUCGAAUUGUUACAAUGAUUCCCGAUAGAAAAAUAUGUAUGAAAGUCAAUCGGAUUUCUCUUUUUCCAAUAUAUUUUUCCACUCAUAUAUAUUUCAAAUAUU